UGAAGAUCUUAUUAUAUUGUACAUAGAGAAUGAAGUGGAUAGUUUUUGGUAUCACAUUAGUAAUACGCAAUUAUAUAAUAUCCUGUCAGGAUAUUGUAUUUCCAAAUAAUGAAGAGAUAUCUCACGUGAGCGGCAAUGCGGCGAUAACAGAACGUAUUCCAGUGGCUGCACCAAAUAUAUGUCCCAAAGGCAUGCUUCUUUAUCCUGGAGCUGGAAGUAAAAGUACAUGGGUAUGCGAUUGUAGACCUAGAUUUCUAUAUUUUCCAUUGAAUGAUAGUUGUCAUGAAGCAUAUAGACAAGGACCUUGUGCACCACAGAAUUAUGUUGUACUUCCUAAGGAUGAAGUUAUACCAAAGUGUGUGAAAAAUCCUUGCCUGGAAGACGGCUUAGUACAAUAUAAUAAUACAUGUUAUCCUCUAAGAACUACAGGUGGUCCUUGUGCCCCUAAUGGAGUAAUAGGAGUGAAUGAAACUACAUUUGACUUAGAAUGUAUGUCAACAGAUAUUGCACCAUUCAUAAUUAUUGAUCCACCUUUAAGAAAGUGUCCCGUGGGAAGCCGUAGGAAUGUACUUGGAAUAUGUAGAGUAAUUUUAACCUAAUAUGUUUCUAUUUAACAAAUUUCUGUUUUUUUAAUAACCUGGUAUUUAUUUGUUUGGCCUCUUUCAUAUAAUAAAUAUCAAUAUAUUAUUAUAAUUCUGAUAUAUUACGAGAAUAUAUAUAACAUUUAUAUUUACAAAAUAUAGUUCUUAUUACAUUUA